UCACUACAAAUCUUAGACGCAACUCAGCUUUAUAUACUAAUUCCAAGCUUUGGAAUUCUCUCUUGAUUUCUUUGAAGAACAAACCAUCCAUUGCAAAUUUUAAAUCUUCACUCAAGAAGUCUCUGGUCUCUAUAUAUGGUUACAAUGACGUUCGAUGAUGUACUUAUUGACCAUGUGGGUGAAUUUGGAAAAGCACAACGAAUAUACUUCUUCUUGGUCUGCCUUACGGCCAUUCCAUGCGCAUAUCAUAGCUUUGCAAACACAUUCCUUAGUGGUUCGCCAAAACAUCACUGCUCCUUGGAAGAAGCGCUGAAGUACGGGGCGAGUGACUCAAUGGAAUGUGCAAUCCCUUGGGAUGAAAAGAAUGGUGAAUGGUCAAAAUGUACAGAGUACAAGUCUCACAACGUUUCUGAAGACCUGAAGAACUGCACACAUUUUGGAAAGGAUGGAUUGACCGAGUGCCGUUCAGGAUGGAUCUAUGAUAAUGAAAUUUACGGUGACACCGUUGUUACCGAUUGGAACUUGGUUUGUGACAAAAAUUGGAUGCGUCAACUAGGGAAGUCCAUCGUUUUGCUGGGAAAACUUAUCGGAUCGUUUGUCUUUGGCCAAUUGUCGGACAAGUUUGGCCGAAAGAAAAUACUUAUGAUAGCAUUAAUUAUCCAGGUUGUAUCAGGCGUUGCUUCAAGUCUUUCCAAAUCCUUUCCUGUCUUCAUUGUGUUUCAAUUCCUUGUAGGGUCAACCUGUUCUGGUGUCUUCAUUACCGCAUUUGUAUUUGUAACGGAGAUGGUUGGUCCUUCUUGGCGGACAUUUAUUGGGAUAACAAUUGAAUAUUUUUAUACAUUCGGUUACAUAAUUUUAGCUGGUGUUGCUUAUGCUCUUAGAGACUGGAAGAACAUUGAGUUGGCUCUUUCACUUCCUAGUAUACUAUUGUUUAGCUACUAUUGGUUAAUACCCGAAUCUCCUCGGUGGAUGAUUGCGAAAGGAAGGUACGAUGAGGGAAUGAAGGUGCUUAAAAAAAUUGCGAAAAUAAACAAUUCGACUUUCCCUGAAAAUGGUAUUCAAAAUAUACUCAACGAUAAGGAAAACAAUGAGGUCGAAUCUGAAACUGCGAAAGAGUUGUUUAUAACACCGACAAUGCGCAAGAAAACGUUUCUUAUUUCUUUUAACUGGCUCACAAAUUCUAUGGUAUAUUACGGUCUAUCUUUCCAUACAGAAAGUCUGGGUACAAAUCCUUAUUUUUCCUUCUUCAUUGCUGGAGCUGUUGAGGUGCCAGCGUACAUAUUGUCACAGCUUCUUUUGAAUCGUCUGGGUAGGAAGAAACUUUUAUGUAUAUUUAUGGUCAUAGGCGGCCUCGUUCUACUGUCAACAACAGUAAUCAAAGAUUACAAGAUACCAGUGUUGAUAUGUGCAAUGAUAGGAAAGCUGUGCAUCACAGCCUCCUACGGUAUCAUAUAUUUAUAUUCAGCUGAGCUCUACCCAACCUCCGUCAGAAAUGUCGGUCUGGGUUUCUCGUCGGUCUGCGCUCGAAUUGGCGGAGUAUCCGCCCCGUAUAUCCUUCUGAUUGGAGACACAACAUUGGUAGUAAUGCCGCUAAUUCUGUUUGGUGCACAAUCGUUGUUAGCUGGAGUCUUGAUACUAUUGCUGCCGGACACGCUCAACAAGAAACUACCUGACACUGUCAGUGAGGCUGACAAACAUAAAAUUGUCAGAUGUAAACACCUGUGUGGAGAUUCAAGACCCAAAGACCACUACCGUUCGGUGAAUGUUGACGAUAGUGCGGUAUAAUAACAGCACUAUAUCACUCAGGAAUUUUGAAGACGCAUAAGCAUCAACAAACACUAAGCGUAUAAUUCUUUUAUUUAAAAGACUCAAACAAGCCUUUUUUGUUUUGUAUAUUAUUAUGUUACUUAAAAUCAAAAUUGUAAGUCUUAGUUUUUUCAGUUUUUAUAAUUGUUCUAUAAUUUAUUGUAUUUCAACAAGAAUAAAAUAUAUAAUAAUAAAGGCAGUACAACAUUUUAAAAGCCUCUUUUUAAUUAUAAAAACAUAUUAACACAACUACAAAAAGGAUUUGUUUACACGUUAGAAAGAAUUGAAACUGUAUAUAAAGUAAAACAAUUAGAGAAAUUAUAAAAAAAUAAUCAUAAGAAACAGUAAAAUUAGGCAUUUCUAAGAUGAUUUAUAUUUAUAUAUACAUAUAUAUAUAUUUAUAUUUAUAUAUACAUAUAUAUAUAUUAAUAGGGAUAAGAAUCUGUGAGUGCGAAUAAAGUUGCCUCAAUCGGGAUUCGAACCCGGGACCUGCAGUUAAUAAGGCUAUUUGGGUAUUUAAAUCCAAUUAAAGCAACUAAUUCCGCACACUCUUGCGCAUUGGCAUGUAUGUAUAUAUAUAUAUAUAUAUAUAUAUAUAUAUAUGUAUAUAUGUAUGUAUAUAUGUAUAUGUAUAUAUCCAUUGUUAAGGUUUCCCCUAUAGUAGUAUAUUGCCGUAUAUAUAUAUAUAUAUAUAUAAUAUAAUAUAUAUAUAUAACAUAUAUAUAUAUAAUUGAUUUAGUGUUCAUUUUUAUUCUCACUUCAUUUAUUCGUUAUAUUUUCCAAUAUUUUAUUUUCUAUAUUUCUAUUUUUAUAUCAUAUAUUAUAUAUUUCUUCAUGCCUUUUUUGAUUGUUAUGUGUCUACUUGACAUUUUAUUUGCCCUUAUUAUUUCGUUAUUAUGAUAUUAUUAUUAUUAUUAUUAUUAUUAUUAUUAUUAUUAUUAUUAUCAUUAUUAUUAUUAUCAUCAUUAUUAUUAUUAUCAUUAUUUUUAUUAUUAUUAUUAUUAUUAUUAUUAUUAUUAUUAUUGUUAUUAUCACUAUUAUUAUUAUUAUCAUCUCCAUUUCUUGUAUCUCCGGCUACUGUUCAUUUUAUUUUCUUCUUUUUUUAUAUUUGUUGUUUUUAGGCCUAUUUCCUUGUUUACUAUUCAUUAGUAUUGCCACACUGACCAGCUAUUGAUUUAUUCCUAUUUGCUUAUGUCAGACUUAAGGCCUCCUUAUAAACUAUUGCUAGUGAUUAGACUGUGUAUCCUAUUGUUUAUAGAUCUGGUGAUUAGUCACCCAUUGUGUAUUCUUAUGUAUUCUGUUCAGUUUUUCAUAGACAAUCAAACGCUGACGAAGGUAACAGGAGUUGCUGAAAAUUUCGGAAAUAAAAUAUUUCUAUGUCUCCUACAAGCCAAA